AUGGUGUUCUUCUUCUUCUUCUUCUUCACCUUUGCAAGUAUUAUUCCGGUACUUCUCGCGUCUAGGGACAUAGAAGCGCCGUCACCAUCUGAUGAAGAUAUUGAAGAUUACACAUUGGAGGGGUUUGGUGAACCUGCAGAAUCACCGGAAGAUGAUUAUGAAGUACCAGAGGAAUAUGUUGCACCGGCACCGGCACCGGUAUCGGAGGAGGCUGAGACAGAGAUUCCACCAGAACCUCAACCAGGUUUUUAUGAUUAUGUGAAGAAUUGCGUGAAAGUCAUACCUGAGAAAUGUGGUCAACCGAUCGUUGAUGCCAUUUAUAAGAAUAGUCCACUUGAUGGAUAUUGCUGCCACAAGGUUGUAGAAAUGGGGAAAGAUUGCCAUUUGGCUUUAGUGAAGGUGAUCGAAUUGGUCGAUAAGAAUGAAUCCCAUGUAGAAGAAAUUUCUCAAAGGGGAUUACAGGUCUGGAACCAUUGUGUUUCAUUAGUGUCACCUUCCCCUUCUCCUUAG